UUGCGCUUGCGCAAUAAGUCCAGAUGGAAGUGAAAACAUGGCUACGUUUAACGCUAAAUCUUUCGAAAAGAAGUUAAAAACAUUAGAUCCUAGUCAAACUGGAAUACAAACAUUAUCUUUAUGGAUAUUACAUCACAAGCAUCAUGCAAAGAUAAUAACUUCAGUUUGGACUGAUCUUAUUAGUCAAGUACCUAAACCUGAAAGAAAGCUUGCCCUAUUUUACUUGGCUAAUGAUGUUGUUCAAAAUGGUAAGCGAAAAGCAAAAGACCUUGUGGAUAUGUUUGGCAAGGCAUUCAUGGAUUCUAUUUCUUUACUAAGUGAUGCAAAGAUUAAAGUUCAGGUGGAAAGAGUGUUUGAUAUUUGGAAUGAGAGAGCAAUCUUUGAGCCGGAUGUUAUUCACAAGUAUAAAGAAAUGCUUAAUAAAACUGUUAAACCAGCUGUUGAGUCAAAAUCUAAAAAUAAAGAAACUAAGUCAGAAGAUAAAGAAAAAAAAUCUGAAGAACAAGAAAUAAAGAAAACUCUGAAGCCAGUGCCCCCUGAUUUUAAAGUUGCUAAAUUAUUAGUAUCUAUUAAAAAAACUACUAGUUUGGAUAAUGAUGUUUUGCGAAAAUCAAAGUUAAUUGAAAAUCUACCCAUUGAUGUUUCAAGUCUUGAUUCAGUUAAGCAUGUUAAAGGGCGCUCUAGUGUUAACAAAUUUUACAAACAGUUUGAAGAAUCUAAAGUUGUUUUAGAAGAUUAUUGUCAUUUAUUAAGAAGAUGUGUCAAGGAUAAAAAUGCCCUUUCUGCAACUUUAUUAGCUGGAGAGGCAUAUUAUGAAGCAGCACAAGAGGAAGCUAAAAUUAUUGUUAAUGCGUAUAAAACAUUUGGAAAUCGUCUAAAGUCUAUGAAAAAAAAACUAGAAGCCAAGAUUAAAAAAUUAGAAGAAGCCAAUUCAACUUUAGGUUCUCAAAACAUGAAAGUAAACACUUCUUUAUAUGAUAAUGAUUCAUCACAGGAGUCUGUUUCUGAACCUGUAUCAAGCGAUGAUAAAACAUCAGCAAUCAAUCACAGUUUCAGUAAUGCUAAUGAAAGUAAUAUUGAAGACAUGGAUUUAGAUAGUAAUUCUGAUGAUGAUGCUAAUGUAUCAGAAGCUUAUAAUCCUGAAACAGCUCCUCUUCAUCAAACAUCUAGUUUUUCUCAAGACACGCCAUCAUUUUUAAACAUUGAAACAAUGAAUGGAAUGUCAUCUUUCUUAGACAGAACUGGAGCUAGUACUGUUUUAGAUUUAUCUCUACAGAAAACCUUGCCAACUAAUGAAGAAAUAAAAACUACUAGUUUUUCUGCUCCUUAUUCAGCAUCUUUUUCAACACCUUUUACGUUGCAUACUGCUACUCAAUUAUCUACUUCUGAUAAUUUUUCGAAAAUUCAAGAAAAUGCUCACACACUUCAAACUGCGUUAUCAAGUGUAAGCACCUUUUCAAGCGUAGCCACCUUGCCAAGUGUAACCACCACUUAUUCUUUAUUACCAUCGACUUCUAGUUUUACUAACUCUACAAUUACUUUUCAUUCUAAUAUAUUUAAAAACGUUUCCGAAGCAGAUACUCCAGUAACUCCUGUUCUUGAUGAAGGUAUAUCAAAGCAACAUGUUGUUGGCAAUGCUGAUAAUAAACCUUUGCAAAACUUAAUUGAUUCACUUUUUCCAAUGCUCAGCAAAAGUUUACAAACUAUAAAAGAAAAAACAGCAAAAUCAGAGGAGAUACAACCUUCUGUUAAUGAUGCUAUAACGUUUGCAUUGUCUGGAAGUAACGAGGAAGCUCCAAAAAAAAAAGGACGCUUUGUGCCAAUAGUGUCAGACAUGAGGGUUUCUUCGCCUUUAUCGCUUACUAAUCCAACAGGGUUGUCAGAAAAUCAAACAGAGUUAAUAAAUAUCGCUGCAGGCAUUACAAAAUUUGAUGAUAACUUUUUGCCGUUAUCCAGUAGUUCAGAAACCGCUUCUAUUAGUAGUGGACAAAAUUCUACAAUGUUACUCAGACAGAACUCUAAUGAUGAUCAAUCUAAAGAUGACGAAGAAAAAAUGGAUAAAAAAGAAAAAAAGUCAAGGCAUAGCUCUAGCCGACAUCGAUCUCAUCGCGAAGAACAUAAGCGCUCUGCAAGUCGUAGUCCUUCUCGUAAGAAUUCUCACAAAACUCGUGAGGGCAGCCGGAGUCCCAAUCGAAGGUCAUCUCAUCGUUCAACUCGUGACUAUCGAGAUGAUAAAUUUGUAGAUAGGCGACGUUCGUCGCGCAGAUCUUCAAGUCCUCGUAGUAGGCGUAAAGGUAGAUCUCAUCGCUCUACUUCUAAAGAUAAAGAAGAUAGAAAGAGGCGUUCUCCUGCCACUAAACCUUACUAUAACGAUCGCAGAUCUCCAACUCCAGAGAUGGAUGGCAGUUUGCGAGCAUCUUAUUCUGCAAACAUUCCUCAAGGUCAGUUUGAUCAGAGUAUGCAAAAUCAAUCUUUUUCAAUUGGUCCUAAUGUUAGUCAGUCACAACCAGGCGAUCACAAAGAUAAUCAGGCAGUUAUGGUCAGUUCAGGUCAGCCGUCUUCAUCGCACCAAAGUAAUCAUACUUUAAAUCAAUCAAUGAAUCUUAAGUCUUUAAAUUCUAUCCCGAACAUGCCGGUUCCGGACAUGUCUGUAUUUCUUCAGCUCGUGAAUUCAGUACGACCUGGUCUACCAUUGACUAGUAUAGCUCCGCCAAAUAUGUCUUUUGACAUAAAUGGAACACCUAUCAUAAAUCCUGGAUUGCAGUUAACCCAUGGAAACUCUCUUCAUAUUAUACAAACCAAUCCCCAAGAUAAUAUUUUAAAUUUACACCCACUCCCACACGGUGUUUUACCAUUUCAGAACCAUAAUCUUUUAUUACAAAAUCAAUCAGCUCAACAUCAAACUGAGUCAUCACAGGAAAUUAGUAUAAUGCCAAAUAAACAAAACAAUCAAGAUAUAGAAAAUUCUAUUAAAGAUCUAUCCGAUUCCACUCGUGAAAACUCAGGUAUGGAGUAUCGCGUUUCCCAUCAAGCUAAUAAAAGAGAAAAUAAAUUGUUUGGACCUAGUAAUCCACCACCUUUUCCAGGCCCUCCACCUGUAUUUGAAGGUAUUCCGCCAUCAAUAGUGACUUCAAACUUUGAGAUACCUCCAAAUUUUGAACAUUUUUCUCAAGAAGGAAUAUCGACCUUCGGUCUUCCGACCUCUUUUGAUACUUAUAGGCCGAAAUUUGCCGAACCAGAUCCUCUGUUAGAACAGUUGGAGAAGAGUAACCCUUUUCCUGGGGCGCUUCAUCUUAAUUCUUUACCACCACGAUUUAUUAAUAAUAAUAGUCCUAUUUUUAGGCCAAGAUACAAUAACCGUAAUGGAUCACCCAGGUUUAGACCUAGGUUUGAUCAUAGAUUUCCUUUUAACGGACGGCCUGCGAUGCUUUAGUUGUGAUAUGCAAGGAUUUUAUGUUUUUGUUGUACUGUUUAAUAAUUUGCUAAAUUUUUAAAAAAAGCCUCAGAAUAUUUGCAGUGAA